AUGUCGAACCCAAAGUCUGCUACGAUGUGGAAGUUUGAAUCUUUGGACUCUCACCCCAUGGGUAUAAGCACAGGCCCUCGAAUGGAUACUCCGAGCUUCAACAUCGCUCGUCGCCGCAAACCAGGAGAGCCAGACCUCGCGAGCUGGGACUACGAAGGCGUCCAAGAUGACUACCCACCUGUCGACGAGGUCCAGGGCCUGUUGGAAUGUGCGAAGAAAGGCUGCUGUGUAGCUGUCAAACAGCCUAAAGAUGAACAUGAGAAUGAUUCUGAAGAUCCCGACUAUGUGCCACAGGAAGAAACCGAAGAUGAGCUGGAGUAUAACUCUGAGCAUGAGUCAACCGAUGCCAUGAGCCUUGAUGGAGAAGAGGAUUAUCACGAUGAUGAGAAUAUAGAUGACGCAGAUUCGUACCAAGACUUCCUAGCACGAACAAUAAUUCCGCAGAAGAAACUCCGGGGAGAACCUGUUGGAAAUCUCGCCUACUCAAACAACAGAAAUGAGAUCAUCCUCCCCAUUACAUCGGAUGAACUGCCGAGGGGAUACGACAUGACAGAACUGGAACAUAUACCCGGUGUAACGUGUGAAGAAGCCAGAGCUUACUCAGGCUAUGCAAUCUCACUCCAAGAGAUGCGAUGCUGUCGCACAGCCCAAUUCCUCGUCCACAAAGAUGCCUCCUCCGAGCCCUGGCAACCUGACGGCCUCCAUGAGAGCUGGGAAAUAUCCGAAGAUUAUUUCCUCUCCGGUCAAUGUGUUGGUAUGGCCUCGCGUGAUUGCAGUGACCAAGAUGUCUCGCCUGUGCGAGGGGGUGUAGGUACCGUUCAUGCUGACAAUAUGAACUUUGGUGUGCCUGAUCUGUCGGUUUUCCUCGCGGGCUUUGACAGUGGCAAGACGGGAAAGGAUACACAUGGGGUUAAACUUGACCAGGAUAUAAAACAUACCCCAGUUCCAUCUCAACCUAGUGGAGUCGGCAAUCUGGCCUCCCUGUCCUUGGAUGUCCGCCUUCUUCUAGUCGACUAUCUUGGACCUGCCGACAUCACUAGCCUACGAAUCGGUUCCGAGGCAUUUGCAACCCUUCCAAAUGGCAUAUGGUACAGACUCGUACACGAGGAAAUGCCCUGGCUAUGGGAAGCUUGGAAUGGACCUGACUCUUCGCAUAUUCCUUCCUCGUGGACAAGGGUGACGGCGAAUGAGGUCAAGGUAGUAUUCAAUGAAAAGAAGCGCUACUCCAGCAUCCUGGGUGAUGGAUAUGGGCCAGCAGACGAGAUCGCUGGUAAACUCCUUACUCUAUCAAGUGGGGUACCUGAGCAGAUGAAGUUGUCCAGGGAAAACACGGACUGGCACAGACUUUUUACACAAAUAAAGCGCAAUUGGCCCAAGCUCAAGGGGUUGCGCAAUCGCAAGCGAAUCUGGGAAGACGUUGAGGCUAUCAUCCGGCGCAUUGUGGAAUGUGAAGGCCAGUGA